CUCAGUACCUGCACUGCGAGUGGGCCACCAUCGACCAGCUGGAGAGGGACAAGAGGAUCCACCAGAAGCUCAAGCGCUUCAAGACCAAGAUGAGCCAGAUGAGGCACUUCUUCCACGAGGAUGAGGAGCCGUUCAACCCCGACUACGUGGAGGUCGAUCGGAUCCUGGACGAGUCCCACUCUGUGGACAAGGACAAUGGGGAGCCCGUGGUGUACUUCCUGGUGAAGUGGUGCUCGCUGCCCUACGAGGACAGCACGUGGGAGCUGCAGGAGGACGUGGACGAGGCCAAGGUCGCCGAGUUCCGCCGGGUGCAGGCGCGGCCGCCCGACCUCAAACGCCAGCCCAGGCCGCAGGCAGGGGCGUGGCAGAAGCUGGAGGCGUCGCGAGAGUACAAGAACCACAACCGGCAGCGCGAGUACCAGCUCGAGGGGGUCAACUGGCUGCUCUUCAACUGGUACAACAGGCAGAACUGCAUCCUGGCGGACGAGAUGGGUCUGGGCAAGACGAUCCAGUCGAUCGCCUUCCUGCAGGAGGUGCACGGGGCCGGCGUGCGGGGCCCUUACCUGGUGAUCGCCCCCCUGUCCACCAUCGCCAACUGGGAGCGCGAGUUCGGCACCUGGACCGCCAUGAACACCAUCGUGUACCACGGCAGCCUGGCCUCGAGGCAGAUGAUCCAGCAGUACGAGAUGUACUGCAAGGAUUCCAAGGGCCGCCUGAUCCCCGGGGCGUACAAGUUCGACGCGCUGAUCACGACGUUCGAGAUGAUCCUGUCCGAGUGCCCCGAGCUGCGGGAGAUCGAGUGGCGCUGCGUGGUCAUCGACGAGGCCCACCGGCUCAAGAACCGGCACUGCAAGCUCCUCGACAGCCUCAAGCACAUGGACCUGGAGCACAAGGUGCUGCUGACGGGCACGCCGCUGCAGAACACGGUGGAGGAGCUGUUCAGCCUCCUGCACUUCCUGGAGCCCUCGCGCUUCCCCUCCGAGGGCGACUUCCUGCGCGACUUCGGCGACCUCAAGACCGAGGAGCAGGUGCAGAAGCUGCAGGCGCUGCUGAAGCCGAUGAUGCUGCGGCGGCUGAAGGAGGACGUGGAGAAGAACCUGGCGCCCAAGCAGGAGACGAUCAUCGAGGUGGAGCUCACCAACAUCCAGAAGAGGUUCUACCGCGCCAUCCUCGAGCGCAACUUCGCCUACCUGGCCAAGGGGGCGGGGCACGGCAACGUGCCCAACCUGCUCAACACCAUGAUGGAGCUCAGGAAGUGCUGCAACCACCCCUACCUCAUCAACGGAGCAGAGGAGAAGAUCCUGUCCGAGCUGCGGGAGGGCAUCGCGGGCGCGGCGGUGCCGCCCGAGCUGCACCUGCAGGCGCUGGUGCGCUCGGCGGGCAAGCUGGUGCUGCUGGACAAGCUGCUGCCCAAGCUGCGCCAGGGCGGCCACAAGGUGCUCGUCUUCUCCCAGAUGGUGCGCUGCCUCGACAUCCUCGAGGACUACCUCAUCCACAGGAGGUACCCGUACGAGCGCAUCGACGGGCGGGUGCGGGGCAACCUGCGGCAGGCGGCCAUCGACCGCUCCAGCCGGCCCGACUCGGCGCUCGUGUUCCUGCUGUGCACGAGGGCGGGCGGGCUGGGCAUCAACCUGACGGCCGCCGACACCUGCAUCAUCUUUGAUUCUGAUUGGAACCCUCAGAAUGAUUUACAGGCGCAGGCGCGGUGCCACCGCAUCGGGCAGAGCAAGGCGGUGAAGGUUUACCGGCUCAUCACCCGCAACUCGUACGAGCGCGAGAUGUUCGACAAGGCGAGCCUGAAGCUGGGCCUGGACAAGGCCGUGCUGCAGUCCAUGAGCGGCCGCGAGGGCAGCAUCGCCGGGAUCCAGCAGUUCUCCAAGAAGGAGAUCGAGGACCUGCUGCGCAAGGGCGCCUACGCCGCCAUCAUGGACGAGGACGACGAGGGCGCCAAGUUCUGCGAGGAGGACAUCGACCAGAUCCUGCUGAGGAGAACCACCACCAUCACCAUCGAGAGCGAGGGCAAGGGAUCAACCUUUGCUAAGGCGAGCUUCGUGGCGUCCGAGAACCGCACGGACAUCGCGCUGGACGACCCCAACUUCUGGCAGAAAUGGGCCAAGAAAGCCGACCUGGACCUGGAGCUGCUCAACAGCAAGAACACGCUGGUGAUCGACACGCCGCGGGUGCGGAAGCAGACGCGCCACUUCAGCACCCUGCGCGACGACGACCUGCUGGACUUCUCCGACCUGGACAGCGACGACGACCUCGAGCGCCCCGACCGCGAGCGCCGCGGUGCCGGAGGAGGAGGAGGAGGGGGAGGGGGGCGCCGGCACCACCACCACCACCCCCACCACCACCACAACCAGGGCCCCCACCAGGGCGGCCCCUACGGCAGGACCGACUGCUUCCGCGUCGAGAAGCACCUCAUGGUCUACGGGUGGGGCCGCUGGCGGGAGCUGGUGGCUCAGGGCCGGUUGAAGCGGCGCCUGUCGGAGCGGGACGUGGAGUCGCUGUGCCGCGCCAUCCUGCUCUUCUGCCUGCUGCACUUCCGCGGCGACGACGCCGUGCGCGCCUUCGCCUGGGCCCUGGUGGCGCCCCCCGAGAACGGCCGCGCCCGCCCGCCCCACGGCCAGCCCGGUGUGGCUGUGCCGGGCGGGCGGGGCCGGAAGGGGAAGAAGCCGAAGCCGCCGCUGCCCCCCCUGGAGCCCCCCCAGGCCGAGUGGCUGCGCAGGCACAACCCCGAGGGGCUGCUCCAGGACGAGGGCUACCGAAAGCACCUCCGGCACCAGUGCAGCAAGUGGGUCUGGGGGGUCAAAUUUGGGCUGAAAUCUGCAA